GCGUACUACAACAGCAGCUUCCUUCUCCCUUACUAAUUACAUGGAACUUGAAGGCCAACUCGGCUGUGCACCGAGAAAUAGCGUACAGCACCAUGGACUCCCUUACUAUCCACCGUAUUGCCAGCAGCAUCUACAGUGCAUGCAGCCAACAGCAAUGAGUCAGCACCAUCAGUAUCCAGGCCCGCCACCCGGACAGCCGAUAUACGGCGCACCGCCAAACCACGAACAAGCGACAGGCCCCAUACUUAGGCCUCAGCGAAAGCGAACGCGCGCGACCCAAGCUUGCGAAGAAUGCAGAGUACGGAAACAGAAAUGUGACGAAGGCUCUCCGUGCUCGUUCUGUAACGCGAACAGCCUAUCGUGUCACUAUCGCGACACGCCGCCUACCAAGAUCGACAAGAUUAUGGAAAAGCUCCUGAGUUAUAUGCAGUCCCACUCGCAACAUCUUGAAGCAUUGACUGUGAAGAUCGACAGUCUUGAAGAACGCCUGCGUCCCGGCAAACAAAACAGUCGACACUCUGAACAGCAGCGGAACUAUGUGAAUCAUCCAGGAGGUGCUGAAGCCGAGAAGAAAAAAAUCACCGAAGACAUUCCUCGGCGGCUCCGAGAACCUGAACGGGACGGUCAUCGGACUGCGCCGCAUAAGUUGCUUCUACUUUGGCCGAACGUCCAUUCGCUCUUGCGAACCGCGGGUGUGGAACAUCAUCAAGACGAUGUGAAGGAGGCUGAGGACCGCGACCUCCUUCGAUCAUGGACUCGAGGCGAAGGCGGCAUUGACGAGCACGACGGCACGGAACCUGGCGGCCCAGCCAGUCCAGCUCGUGGAGACGAGAGCAGCGAGGCUGGACAUACCGGAAGUCCGCGUGCUAGCGGCCUCUGGGGUGUCGGAUGCCCAUCCAUACCGUACAGCGACUUUCGACAGUCAGAACCCUACGGCACUGGUGGACUCUGCGCAAAUAACGAAGUCAAUCUGGAUAUCAACACUAUCAACCAUCUGUAUUGCAGCUACUGUGGUGGCGAGAUAACCGUACUAUGCCGCAAAUCUCCCUUGGAGAGAUGGAAUCCCUGAAUGGAAUACACUCAAUUCAGUACUAGAAACCCGGAAUCUACUUCUGAUAUUAUUACACCUUUUAAUAUACUAUUGGUUUUAUAUCGCUACUGUCAACGAUACCAAGUCUUUGUACGAGACUUCCAGUGGAGAGUAUCGUACGAAAAAUGAGCAUAGGUGGCUUUUAGCGCGGUCAUGGAAUACAAUGAACUUGUAGCCAAUGAAUAUUUAAAAAAGAGCCGCCUGGCACAGGUCAAUCGAUCACAACUUGCUUCCAUACCAUUUCCUGAGAAAGGUAGACAGCGACCACACUUAGCCUACACACACUCAGCCAGGAAUCCGACUUACGCUCAACCUCAAAGAUGGCCGCGAAUCUCCAAACCAUCAAAAGCGCGAGAUGAUGUUGUCAUGGUGGAUAUGGAUGAGGUGGAACUGGUCACAUGGUGGUCGGCAAGGUGCCAGUUUCUCGCGACUUAGGCGCUCAAUGGAUAUACAUGGUGUAGCUAUCAUAUCC